AUGGCAACCACGAAGUCCACCAUCCGACAGACCAUGAAAGCGGAGUGGGAACGAUCCUGGGAAACCGCCAAACACGGCCGAGAACUCUUCAAACUGGGGGUUCGACCGGGAAAAGGAACGCUCACCACACAUGUGGGCACACAUCGGGCGAUCAGCUCGACCAUCACCCAGAUGCGAACCGGCAAGGUCGCCCUUCGCGCCUACCUCCACACCAUCAACAAGGCCGACACCAACCAAUGCCAAUGCGGCUAUGGACGCCAAACCGUGAGGCACAUCCUCCUCGAAUGCCGGAAUUGGUGCGAGGAGCGACAACGAAUGUGGGCAGGCAAACCUCCACGCAUGGAUAUCAAGCAAGUUCUCUGUAGCUCGUCAAUCGCCGUCCGUGCAGCCAAGAUGAUGUUGAGGACGGGACUUUUGGAGCAGUUCCGAGCAGUUCCGUCCACGGUCCUCCAAUACACAUAG